AUGGAGGAGAACUUCCUCAUCAGCUUGGAGAAGGAGGUGGCAGAGAGGAAGAACAAGGAAGGGACAAGCCAUCGUGGCGCUGUUCCCGGCUGCAGGCUGCACCUGAUGCAGGUGGACUCGGUCCAGCGCUGGAUGGAGGACCUGAAGCUCAUGACCGAGUGUGAGUGCAUGUGCGUCCUGCAGGCGAAGCCCAUCAGCCUGGAGGAAGAUGCACAGAGUGACCUCAUCCUGGCCGGCGGCCCUGGCCCCGGAGACCCCUUGCAGCUGCUUCUCAAGAGGGGCUGGGUCAUCAGCACUGAGCUGCGCAGGAUCGGGCAGAAGCUGGCCCAGGACCGCUGGGCACGCGUCCACAGCAUGAGUGUGCGUCUGACUUGCCAUGCCCGCUCCAUGGUCAGCGAGUACAGCGCUGUCAGCAGGAGCUCCUCGCAGGAGAUGGGCCAGAUUGAGAAACUGCUAAUGGAGAAAUGCUCAGAGCUCUCAGUGGUCACAGAGAGGUGCCUCCAGGUGGAGAAUGAGCACGUCCUGAAGUCGAUGAAGGCCUGUGUGAGUGAAACCUUGAGCACACUGGGCCAGCACUUUGGCCAGCUGCUGGAGCUGGCCCUGACCCGGGAGGUACAGGCACUGGUGAGAAAAAUCAAUGCCUCAGACAAUAUCUACACCACGGAAUCCACCACAGGGAACCUGUUCAGCCUGACCCAGGAGGGGGCUCCCUUGUGCCGCAUCAUCGCCAAGGAGGGUGGUGUCGUAGCCCUCUUCAAAGUCUGCCGGCAGGAUAGUUUCCGGUGCUUGUACCCCCAGGCGCUGCGCACGCUGGCCUCCAUCUGCUGUGUGGAAGAGGGUGUCCACCAGCUGGAGAAGGUGGAUGGUGUUCUUUGCCUGGCCGACAUCCUGACCGAUGACAGCCACUCAGAGGCCACACGGGCUGAGGCUGCGGCUGUGGUUGCCCAGGUCACCUCCCCACACCUGCCCUUUACUCAGCACCUCGGCAGCUUUCUGGAGAGCAUGGAAGAAAUCGUGACAGCUCUUGUCAAACUGUGCCAAGAGGCGUCGUCUGGGGAAGUCUUCCUGCUGGCUUCUGCGGCCCUUGCCAACAUCACCUUCUUUGACACGAUGGCCUGCGAGAUGCUUCUGCAGCUGAAUGCCAUCCGUGUCCUCCUGGAAGCUUGCAGCGACAAGCAGAGAGUGGAUACGCCUUACACCCGGGAUCAGAUUGUGACCAUCUUGGCAAACAUGUCUGUCCUGGAGCAGUGUGCCUCUGACAUCAUUCAGGAGAACGGGGUCCAGCUUAUCAUGGGCAUGCUGUCUGAGAAGCCAAGGUCUGGAACCCCUGCCGAGGUGGCGGCUUGUGAGCGAGUCCAGCAGAAGGCUGCUGUGACCCUGGCCCGUCUCAGCCGAGACCCAGCUGUGGCACGGGAGGCCGUGCGGCUGAGCUGUAUGUCCCGGCUCAUCGAGCUCUGCAGAUCGCCCUCGGAGAGGAACAGCAGCGAUGCUGUGCUUGUGGCUUGCCUGGCUGCUCUGCGUAGACUGGCUGGAGUUUGCCCGGAAGGCCUCCAGGACUCCGACUUCCAGCAACUGGUCCAGCCCCGGCUUGUGGACUCUUUCUUACUCUGCAGCAACAUGGAGGAGAGCUUUGUGUAG